GAGAACUGUUGCACGAUCCCACUUGGUCUUUUUUUUUAUAACCAUAAACAACAACGUUCAGGGCAACACACCACGACAUAAUCAUUUCAUAAUCAUCAUUCUCAACCUAGUUUUCUCUUCUUUUCUUUUCUCGCUCAUCCACAUCCAUAUUUUACUUUACUCUCUUCCUACUUCUAUCCAACAUGCACUCACAAAAGGAGGAUCUCACAGCGAGAAAGAAAUCAUUAUCUAUUCAUAUACACACAGACUACAUCGGUCCACAUGGCAUGCCUCUUGUUUAUGGAUCUACCUUAGACAGGGUUGGUACGAUAAAAGGCACUGUCCAAUUCUCUUCCAACUACGACUGCAAAGGACGCGAUAUCCAGAUUAUUUAUGAGGCAUGGGUCGAAUCGCAUUGGACAACUAUUGAACAUAAAAAGCCCAUCCACCACCAUAGUCGAGAUGUGUUUGGAUACCAGACAUGGUCCUUCCCUCUGAUCCAUACUAAACACAAUGGCUCAACUGUUGUAGCUGGAGUCUACGAGAAAGAGUUUGAAGCAAUCUUGGCUCAUCCCAUGAAGGACCUUUACCAAGUUCGUAAAUCCGUCGACAGCGCUGAUUCCACCUUUAACACUUCAUCCAUGCAUACUGCUCAAUCUUCUCCUUCUCGUACUUCAUCAUCAUCCUCCUUCUCUGGAUUGCGAUCGCGCCUUGGUCGCCACGCUGCACCAUCAGGCUCGGCAUCCAAUCCAGGAUCCUUGUUAUCGCUGUCGAUAUCCUCACCUGCAGCUAGGUCCAUUCUCAUUGGGGAGGAAAACGGGCUAGAAGUGAACAGGGUCUUACCUUCCACCAGCUAUAGCCCAGAUGUAAAAAUCAGGUACACCAUCCGAGCAGUUCUCCAACGACCCUUUCCCAGUCUUUCAAAUGUUGAGGCCUCUCAAGAGAUUUGGGUCAUCAAUUCCAUGCGGGAUGCAUCAACGGCAACACGGUUCGCGUCCUCACAAGGACAGCAAGAGCCGCAGCAACUACACAUGUUGUUGCCGCUACAGUUGAAAACUCCACUGCCAAGGCCAUCAACAAAUCUGCAUCGACGAUUACCUCCUCGACCUUCUGCUUCGAGGUCUACCUCUGAUGUACUUAUUAACUCGUUGACACCUAUGCCACCAACACCAUAUGGAGCUCAACAGAAACUUAAUAAUGCUGAUAGAAACAACAACUACAUAUUAUAUGAUGGCAGGUAUGCAUUAAAUUCAAAAGCCAGAGUCAUUUUAUAUGAAUCAUUUGACAAUUAA